AUCUUAUUUAGUAUACAUCACACACUACCAUUAUCAUUCUCUGUGACCGACUUUUCAUUACACAUUCUCCUCUUCUGCCUCUUAUUCUCUACUACUACUACGAUGUCCUUAAAUUAUUUUGAAGUUCCUAUGAAAUAUUAUAUUCUGCUUCUAGCUUUUAUUCCACAUGUUCAUGGACAAACUCAAAUAAGCGAUAACUUCCCUGCGAGUGAUAUCAUUGAACUACCAGUCGGCAGGUUUCCUGAACCAGAAUGCAAGUACAGUGUACAUCAUGGAUCAGACAAACUUGGACGAAUUGUGACAUCAAAAGUGAACAUUGGAGAUGAAAUUUAUCACUCGUGGAAUUGUAAUUAUAGUGGCGAUCACAAAAACUACUUGUUCUGUGUGAUGGUCAAUAAUUGCACGAUUUCAGACAGCGGGGAGGAAGAAAUAGGAACAAGGAAGAUUCAAAUAAUCGACGAGAAUGGGUGUUCGGUGUUCCCAAACAUUCUACCCGAUAUAUCAUAUCAAGGAGAUUUAUCAGCUGGAAUUAAGGUUCACGCGUUCGCAUUGGAUGUGGACACGACGGCUGUUCAUUUCACAUGCAAUAUAAAAAUGCUGUUCAAGGACCAUGAACAGUGUCAGAGGCCUCGAUGUGGAAACCAACGACGAUUUUCGAGAUAUUUAAAUUGAGAUAUGAUAUGAAUAAAACAUUUUGUCUAAUAAAAUUUUUCAAAAA